AUGUAUGUAUGUAUUGAACAAAAGAUGAAAAGAAAUAAGAAAGAAAGGAGGAAUAAUUAAGGAUUCUACUGCUUUGAUAUUAUUAUAAUACGCAAUACAAAACUAGAUUUUAAAAAUCAAUUAAAUUAUAUAAAAGAAAUUCAUUCAAGCUCUAUAAAAUUACAAAGAUUAUAAAUAUAAACUGAUAAUUAAUAUUAAUAUUUAGAUUAACAAACUAAAUAAAGCCUGAAGAAAAGAAAAGGAAAUUUAAAAAUAGAUAAAAUUUAAAUAUAAAUAAAUCAAUUAUAAAAUAUUAACUAAAUAAAAAUGAAUUUUGAUAAUUGUAAUUAUGUUAUCUCUAAUGCUAGCUCUUUAAUUAGAUCUCUCUUGAAUUAAGCUUAGUAAGCAUCUACUAAUUCCGAAACUGGUUAUUAAACAAGCACUGAUGAUUUGAUGGGAAGAGAACCCUCUACUAACGGAGGAAAUGAUGGAAUGUUUGGAAAUUUCUUCGAAAUGAUAAUAAUUAUAGUUGGCUUCUUAUUCAUUUAUUCUUUACUUGGUAAUUACAUCAACAAUCGCAGAAAUAAAUUAAACUAAAAGCAUCGCUCUAACAAUGAUGAUAACAACCGUGACAGAGAUACAAGCUCAAUAAAUUGA